AGCUUGUGCAGGAAAGGAAGGGAGAGCACUCUUGUUUGUUGUCGAGUCGGAAAACAAAACAAACAUUUUUGCAGAUACAGUAAUCACAACUCUAGAUCUAGUACGCUUGCCUGAUGAUACGUGGAUAACCUAAUCAUGGAAGAUGACGAGGCUGAUCUUCAGACGUUUGAUGUUUUCAAAAAAGAAAAGAAAACUCAGCGCCUGUCCUUGCAUCUCCUAGUCACCCGACAUCUUCCACCAGAGGCUACUACUUCAUGGGACCAGGAGAAAAUCCUAACAGCCCUUUGUGAGAUCACACAUGUUCGACUUGACCGUGAAAACAUCAGUCAUAUUGACAGUCUUGAGCUUCUCAGUGAUAAAGUCACUAAUUUGUAUCUCCAGCAGAACAGGAUCACACGGAUCAACAACCUGGACUGCCUGAAGAACCUGCAGUUCCUGACACUGGCCGGCAACCUCCUGGAGAGGGUGGAGAACCUCAACAAACUCUCCAAGCUGCUCUUCCUUGACCUCUCGGCCAACCGCAUAGCACAGUUUGACAUCGAUGAAUUCCCCCAGUCUCUGAUGCUGCUGAACUUGUCUGGGAACCCAUGUACUCGGAUGCCAGACUACAGAGGCUGCAUUAUUCAGGACCUGCACAAUCUGCAGCAGCUGGACAAUGUGGACAUCACUCGGGACGAGCGGGAGGAGGCAGGCUACCAACUGUCCAGUGAGGAGGACUCGGAUGAGACAGAAGAGGAGCCUAGACGCAGGAUGAUGAGGGAGCAUGAGGUGGAUGUACCUCUGCAGAGUCUGACGUCCGAGGUGUUGAUGCGCUCCCAGACCCGCCUGGAGGAGAGUUUCGCUGACCACCGCAGACACAACAUGGAGCUGGACAACAUCCGACUCAAGUACAGGCUGCCCCCCAGUGCUAGAGCCACACCCCGCAACACCUGACUCUAAACCACGCAUCACCUGACUCUACACCACGCAACACCAUGAUGUAACACCUGACUCUAUACCACACAACACCUGACUUCACACCACACAACACCUGACUUCACACCACACAACACCUAACCAUACCACACAACACCUGACUUCACACCACGCAACACCAUGUAAUACCUGACUUCACACCACACAACACCUGACUUCACACCACAGAACAUGCUGUGCAUUUUUUUGUUAUCCCAAAGUACCAACAUAUGAAUACAAUUGCGGUGUUUGUUCCCUUUUUGUCCUAACUUUACAGAAUACACCAUAAAGUGUACAACCAAACAUUUAUGCAUCAUGUGAAUUACAUCUGUUGAGUUGAUGUAAACAGGUGUCUUGAACAGUUGGUUGAAAAAAAACAACUUUUUAUAA